CUUCAGUGCCUUUUGGGUUCUCAAUCAGGCAUGUUUUCCUGGCUGCGCAGGCUAUUUCACAGGGAGAAUGGCGAUCAAGGAGAGACAAGACCAAGGCAGAAGGAAUCUGCCAUCCCUUCUUGUAAAAAAAGAAGAAUGAAAUCAUUCUGGGGAAGGCACAUGUCUGCUGGGAAAAAAUCAUCCCAAAAUUGCAACAUCACUAAUCAUAUGAAGAAUAUGAAUAAACUAGAAGAUAUGAAAUUUUAUAUCAGGAAGAUAAAUGCUAAGAGGUUAGAACUUUUUCCAAUCUUGGACAUUGACAUGAAUACUGAUUUGAACUACAGGAUGAACAUUGAAUUCACCAUCAUCAAAUCACAACAUGAGAAGACAAUGUUGGAUAUGGAAAAAAUGACGCAGUCAAUAAGUGAUACCAUUGAGACAUACAAGGAAUUCAUAGAAGAUAAGGAUUCCUACAGCUUCACGCACAGCUACCUCCUGAAAGAAUGCAAUCAAUUGAAGGAAAAAGUAAGGAUGUUGCUGAAUGAGAACAGAAAGCUGCUGGUAGAGCAGGCUGACCAGGAAGCAUCCUAUGGUGAAGAAAAGAGGUUCUGUGAUGAGUCCAGCAAGAACAUACAUCCCAAGUGCUAAGCAGUAGCACGUAGGAUGAUGUGUAUCAGAGGCAGAUUGCCCUCAUGGCUAACCAUAAACAUAGACAAUCCAAUGUAACAGUCCACCAACUUAUCCAGGUGUGAAAUACUCCAGCAGAAACUGGAACAUGGAAGAGACCAGGACAAGGUCUCCUUUGAAGAGAACAUCUACAGGGGGAGAUCUGCGUGUGCGAAGCAAAUAUUUCAUCUCAUCCCCAGUAAUCAUAGCUAUCAUCUGUUACAUUUUCUUCCUUUAUUUUUGUUUCAUUGGAAUGAAUAGCCCUUAAUUUCAUCUGGGCUCUGGCUCAGCAAGACUGAGCAUGUAGAGGGAUUCAGACAUGUGCUGAGACAGAUCAAGAGCUGCUAGGAAAGCAGGAAGAUUCAGAGAGUGUAAAUUUUUCUUGUCCUGAUAUUCUACAAAAUUGUAAAGACUUUGAGCCAAAGUGGGUAACAUGUAUUCUGCUUGGUCUUGGGUGUCCAUAUUCUUCAAACUCACACUCCAAAAAAGGAGACCUACUGAAAUUUCUCUUGUAAAGAUUGUUACCAGAAGUAACUUAUUUUCUACUGUGUUGCCAAGGACAGUCAUUGGCUGUAAGAUUUUGCUAUAAAAUAACAGCAAAAGAAGGCUGUUUAUCACAAUUCUUGUUUUUGGAUUUUGGUUUGAGCUUUGAUUACUUUUGUUCUUUGGUUUUCUUUUGUUUCAUUAGAAGUUUUUUGUUUGUUUCUUUGCUGUUUUGUUUUGUAAUUGAUAUAAUAUUUUGAUAAGGCUAUACACUGUACAUAUGGACUGCCCACUUUUAUUUACUAUUGAAUAAAUUUGAUGUAUUCUUAAGAUUAAAACAGUGAUCUCCAACUCUUCACUCAUAAGAAACUUCUUUAUUCAGGUGUGGUAUCACCCUACUGAAAUCUCACACCUAUUAGACACAGAUGGAUCUCUGUAUGGGGCUUGGGUUCCAUAAUGACUUCCCAGCCAGACUGAGCUACAAAAGCUGUUGAUUUUACAUUCAGUGUGGAUAGUGUGUCCAACUCUGUGGAUACUGAAGUCAUGAUGGAAAAAUUACCCAUAUUGUAUCCUUGCAUGUCAAAUAUUUAGCUGCUGCUAAAAUACUGUGGAUGAUAGUGUUGAACAAACUAAUGGGAAACAGAUCAGUAUUUCUGAAAUGUCUUUCAGGAAAUAAAAACAUAUUCUAAGGGAAUAUAAAAGCUGUCAAAAAGCACAGACAUGUAUGCUUCUGCUUUCCUUCAAAUGUUCUAUCAGUGGUAACUACUGCUAGAGAUAUCCAAUUUUAGGAUCUUUUGAGAUAGGGAAUUUUUUUGGUGAUUUUGUUGUUUUUCUUGAUUAUGAGAGUGAAUUUUGUGCUUGACAAUACAUUUGGUUCCUUUUUGCGGUUUUAACGCAAGCAUAGUGUGUCGUUCAGUAUUCACUAUCCAGAUGUUUUUAAAAGCUGAGACAAAAUCCAGGCCCAUAUGCUCUAUGAGUUUUCUCCUUCAGUUCCCCCACCCCCACCCCGCAGUGGUGAUUCUGUUUGUUAUUUUGAUUUAUUUUAUAUUUAUGCAUGAUUAGCCUUGUGUAGGUCUGUGCAACACUUGCAUGCCAUUCCCCAAAGGCCAGAAGAAGUUAUGGGGUUUCACCUGGAACUAAAAUGACAGAGGACUGUUAGAUGACAUGUGGGUUUUUUGAGAAACAUAUUCUCAAAUGAAGAGCUAUUUCUCCAUCCCCUGAUAUGCACUUUUGUCCUUCCUUGUGUGCUAUAUUAGUGGAAUGUAUCAUACCUAUAGAAAGUGUUUCUUAAAAUAUGUUUACUUUGUUGUAAAAAAGUAGAAGCACCCAUUUCCUUUCAGAGCCAAAGCAGUUUAGAAUGUGAUUUGAAGUUUCUCUUUGGAUCAGAGAAGCAGGUUUUGGGAGCAGCAACACCAGGUAACAGGGACAAAUCAUAGUGCAGAGCUCAUCACUGACACUACCACGGGAAAGUGGGCAAUGCAGAGAAUACUGGCAUAAGACAAUGGAGCUGGCGCCAAGUUAAGUUCAUCCCAACACUGGUGAGCUGGGCUUAAAUGGUUAUUCCUUCCUCUACCUCUACCCACUGAGGAACUUCUCAAUUCUGCAUUUCAUCAAUUAGGCAUUUCAUGCCUAGUCUGCAUGGUUAUCCUACAUGAGAGGUGACAGAUCUGCUCCAACUUUGUCAAUUCUAUGGCAUUAUCUUGAACCCACAAGAGCUCUGCAUGGUGCCAGGUAACCUAGGAAAAUUAGCAUUCCAUCUUCAAGCACCUGAACCUACAGGUCUCCAUACACUUCUAUCUUUGAUUGUGGAUGAUCUUGUUCAGUUAAAAACCACACAAUCUGGAAGGAAAAGAAGAAAUGUAGAGUAGGGACAGGAAAGAAGGCUCUUCCAUAUAGAACAUUUGUCUAUCCACCAGAGGAUCCAGUGGUUGCUAACAAUCCUAUUAAUGAGUCUCUGGGUUGAAUACCAUGCCCUCUUCUGACCUCUGGAGGAAUUGCAUGCAUUUGGUGCACAGAUGUGGUCCUGGGGGGAUUUCUAGAGCCCCCUCUGGGCACCUCUAGGGUCCUGCCCUGCAAGCCUGGCUUGUUUGCUUUUUGCAGGUUUUGCUGGUACCAGGUACGGGUU